GAGUAUGUUGGUGGUAAAGGCAGUGAGGGAGGAGAUGGAUCCUUACGUUUGAGCAAAGAAGACUUUGUCAACAAGAAUCCAACACUUGGAGAUCCUUCGCGGAGACAUCCAUCUAUUCCGAACAAAUUGAGCUUCCAGAGACGGGUAGGAUUGCGAAAGAGGAGGUGAUAGCGAGGUAGGAGUUCGAGGCGGCUUCCAGCUGGAGGCCUGCGGCCCCUUUAAGGCCCAAUCCGGGACUUGGCCCUUUAAAUCCGUGUCAGUUUCCCCUGACGUCAGCGGGCGGGCCGCCCGCCCUGCUGUUUACCGCCUCCCGGCACCGCACGCUCCCGGAGUUGCGAGCACCGGGGCCGCCGCGGCCGCCCGCCCUUAAAGGGCCCGCGCCCCCAGAAAACGCGCCGCGCCGCGCGGCGUCGGGUCCCUGCCACCUAUCACGCUCCUCACCCUCAGACCCUCCUCCCUUCCCGGCCGCCCCCGCUGCCGGCUUCCCUCCCUCCCUCCCCUUUCCCGGCGUCUCCAAGCUCCCAGCAACCAGCCGCCGCCUGGCUCUCACGGCCCCGGCCGGCGGCCGCGGGGUCUCCCAGCCGCGCUCAGCCCCUAGCGAGCUGGCCCGUACCCCACACCCUUCCCUCCUUCUCCCGCCGCCCCUCCCCGCCGGGCCCCCUGGGAGCGUCUCUGCGGCUCCAGGGAGGGGACAUUUCCUAAUCUCAGGCCGGGGUUAAAGUUCUGGUCCUGGUGAGAUGCUGGAAGCUGCGGCCGGAGCCGCAACCCGUCCCGGAGGUGUCCUGUCGCCUGUCGCCGUCCCCGCCACCACUGCUGCCGCCGCCACUGCCGCCUUGCCGGGGCCAUGUUCGCUCUGGGCUUGCCGUUCUUGGCGCUCUUGGUGGCCUCAGUCGAGAGCCAUCUGGGGGUUCUGGGGCCCAAGAACGUCUCGCAGAAAGACGCCGAGUUUGAGCGCACCUACGUGGAUGAGGUCAACAGCGAGCUGGUCAACAUCUACACCUUCAACCACACUGUGACCCGAAACCGGACAGAAGGCGUGCGUGUGUCCGUGAAUGUCCUGAACAAGCAGAAGGGGGCUCCUUUGCUGUUUGUGGUCCGCCAGAAGGAGGCUGUGGUGUCCUUCCAGGUGCCCCUAAUCCUGCGAGGGCUGUAUCAGCGCAAGUACCUCUACCAGAAGGUGGAGCGAACGCUGUGCCAGCCCCCCACCAAGAACGAGUCUGAGGUCCAGUUCUUCUAUGUGGAUGUGUCCACCCUGUCACCGGUCAACACCACCUACCAGCUCCGGGUCAGCCGGAUGGACGACUUCGUGCUCAGGACUGGGGAGCAGUUUAGCUUCAAUACCACAGCAGCCCAGCCCCAGUACUUCAAGUAUGAGUUCCCGGAGGGAGUGGAUUCAGUGAUUGUCAAGGUGACCUCCAGCAAGGCCUUCCCCUGCUCGGUCAUCUCCAUCCAGGAUGUCCUGUGCCCUGUCUAUGACCUAGACAACAACGUAGCCUUCAUCGGCAUGUACCAGACUAUGACCAAGAAGGCCGCCAUCACUGUGCAGCGCAAAGACUUCCCCAGCAAUAGCUUUUAUGUGGUGGUGGUGGUGAAGACCGAAGACCAGGCCUGUGGGGGCUCCUUGCCUUUCUACCCCUUUGUGGAAGAUGAACCGGUUGAUCAAGGGCACCGCCAGAAAACGCUGUCAGUGGUGGUAUCUCGAGCAGUCACGUCUGAGGCCUACGUCGGUGGUAUGCUCUUUUGUCUGGGCAUAUUUCUCUCCUUCUACCUGCUGACUAUCCUCCUGGCCUGUUGGGAGAACUGGAGGCAGAGGAAGAAGACGCUUCUGUUGGCUGUGGACCGAGCCUGUCCAGAAAGCGGUCACCCUCGGGUGCUCGCCGACUCCUUCCCUGGCAGCCCCCCUUAUGAGGGCUAUAACUACGGCUCCUUUGAGAACAGUUCCGGGUCCACGGACGGUCUGGUCGAUAGCACGGGCACCGGAGACCUCUCCUACAGUUACCAGGGGCACGACCAGUUCAAGCGGCGCCUCCCCUUUGGCCAGAUGCGGCAGCUGUGCAUUGCCAUGGAUCGCUCCCUAGACCCUGUGGGCACUCGGCCUCGCCUGGACUCCAUGAGCUCUGUGGAGGAGGAUGACUACGACACGUUGACGGACAUCGAUUCAGACAAGAAUGUCAUUCGCACCAAGCAAUACCUCUACGUGGCCGACCUGGCACGCAAGGACAAACGGGUCCUUCGGAAGAAGUACCAGAUCUACUUCUGGAACAUCGCCACCAUCGCUGUCUUCUAUGCGCUUCCUGUGGUGCAGCUAGUGAUCACCUACCAGACGGUGGUGAACGUCACCGGGAAUCAGGACAUCUGCUACUACAACUUCCUCUGCGCCCACCCACUAGGCAACCUCAGCGCCUUCAACAACAUCCUGAGCAACCUGGGGUACAUCCUGCUGGGGCUGCUCUUCCUGCUUAUCAUCCUGCAACGGGAGAUCAACCACAACCGGGCCCUGCUGCGCAAUGACCUCUACGCCCUGGAAUGUGGGAUCCCAAAACACUUCGGCCUGUUCUAUGCCAUGGGCACAGCGCUGAUGAUGGAGGGGCUUCUCAGUGCCUGCUAUCAUGUCUGCCCCAACUAUACCAACUUCCAGUUUGACACAUCGUUCAUGUACAUGAUUGCGGGGCUGUGCAUGCUGAAACUCUACCAGAAGCGGCACCCGGACAUCAACGCCAGCGCCUACAGCGCCUACGCCUGCCUGGCCAUCGUCAUCUUCUUCUCUGUGCUGGGCGUGGUCUUUGGUAAAGGGAACACAGCGUUCUGGAUCGUCUUCUCGGUCAUUCACAUCAUCGCCACCCUGCUUCUCAGCACACAGCUCUAUUACAUGGGCCGCUGGAAGCUGGACUCGGGGAUCUGCCGCCGCAUCGUCCACGUGCUCUACACAGACUGCAUCCGGCAGUGCAGUGGGCCCCUCUACGUGGACCGCAUGGUGCUGCUGGUUAUGGGCAACAUUAUCAACUGGUCCCUAGCUGCCUAUGGGCUCAUCGCGCGCCCCAAUGAUUUCGCCUCCUACUUGUUGGCCAUCGGCAUCUGCAACCUGCUUCUCUACUUUGCCUUCUACAUCAUCAUGAAGCUCCGCAGCGGGGAGCGGAUCAAGCUCAUCCCCCUGCUCUGCAUUGUCUGCACCUCCGUGGUGUGGGGCUUUGCGCUCUUCUUCUUCUUCCAGGGACUCAGCACCUGGCAGAAAACACCCGCGGAGUCACGGGAGCACAACCGCGACUGCAUCCUCCUGGACUUCUUUGACGACCACGACAUCUGGCACUUCCUCUCCUCCAUUGCCAUGUUUGGGUCAUUCCUGGUGUUGCUGACGCUGGACGACGACCUGGACACCGUGCAGCGGGACAAGAUCUACGUCUUCUAGCAGGAGCCAGGCCCCUUGCUUUACUCACAGUGGGGGGGCUCUUGAGCUCCUCUGCCUCACUGCCCAGAGCCUCUGUAGCUCGGGGGGUGUGAGUCCCCGCCCUGCGGCCCAGUGUCGGUGGUGGUGGGACAGCGAGGUCUAGCCCAAGCUUGGCCUGAGACAGUCAUGGCGGGGGCCUUGAGCCUUGCAGCUGCCCUCUGCCGGGGAGGAGGCCUGCUCCCCCAAAACCCCAGAUGUUGGCCAAUGGCUGCUGCUUCUCAGUGUUGAGGGCCUCUCACAGGCCCUGUCCGUUGGCUCUCCAUUUGUCCCUCCGCAGGAGGAAGGAGGGAAGUGGUGUUACCCUGCCCAUCUCAUGCCUCACAUUCUGCCCGUCCUUCCCUUCCCCAGGAGCCUGUGACCCCAAGCGCUUUCUUUCUUCUUCCCGAGCUCCAGUCCAGGGACUGGUUGGACCUGAUUCUCUGUUCUGCACCGGGGCCCCACUGCUCUUUGGGGCUGCACCUGACUGCCAUCACUGCCCGUUCCAGUCAGGAUGAAUGGGGGUGUAGGAUUUUGGAGGCUGGCCAGCUGGUGCCAGGCUUUUGGUGCUAAGGCCUAAGAGGGGCUGCAGACAGGGCUGCCUCCUCCCUCUGACCUGUGCUUGGGACUGGCUCUGUAGUAAUAAGAGUCAGCCCAUGUGUGAGAGUUGCCUUGAUCUGAGGGGCUAAAUUCAGAGGUCAACUUCCUAUCCCAUCAGCCCCCAAACUGAUGUUGGCGCCAGGAUUGGAGGGAGAGAUCCAUUCCCCGCUUCCCUUCCUUUUUGUUUCCGGCCCUCUGUCCUGCCAAGCCCCAGCUGGGGGCCUUUCAGUGCCAUUGACACUGCCCAAGAAUGUCCAGGGGCAAAGGAGGGGGAUACAAGGCGCCCAGCUCCUCCUGCCUCCUCACAGCCGUGGGAGCCCCAGUGCCUAUCUUAGAGGGAGGCUCAGGAAGGGACACGAUAUUCCCCUCGGUGUCUCCGGUCCAGCCUCACUCUAGGACCCAGGGCUGGCUUCCGUGUUUCCGUCCUGUCUUCGGCCAAGUUUUGUGUUAGUCACACACACGUAUACGUAGGAAACUUUGGAGUUUACACUGAGUUGCCCCAGCUCUGGGCCCCUGGCUGCUCUGGUCGUUCGAUCCCCGUCACCCUACCUGGUCCAUUCCAGAUGCCUAGACUGGGGCAGAUCAGGUCGGGCCUCUGCCUUGGGGAUGGGAGUGGAUUUUAUUCUGCCCAACUUGUUUUUAUAGCUCUCCCUGGGGCUGGGGAGAGGAGCUGGAUCUGGAUCUUUUUUCAGAACUCCGUUUAAUGUCUGUUUCCAUGCUAUGGUUGCAUUUCUGUUUUCUAUAAAUGAGUCUGCAUUCAAUUAAAGAAACAACCAGACGCA